AUGGCCGCACCUUCCCCGUCGAGCGAUGCCUGGUGGAAGGAAGGCACUGCCUAUCAGAUCUACCCGGCCAGCUUCAAAGAUAGCAAUGGCGACGGCCUGGGCGACAUUGCUGGGAUCCUCAGCAAGGUCGACUACCUCAAGGAUCUCGGCGUCGACAUCGUGUGGGUGUCACCCAUGUUUGAGAGUCCACAGAUCGAUAUGGGCUACGACAUCUCCAACUACGAAGCGGUACACGCGCCGUACGGCACCAUUGAAGACAUGCAAGCACUCGUUGAUGCCUGUCAUGCGUGCGGCAUGCGAUUGAUCCUCGAUCUCGUCAUCAACCACACGUCAGCCGAGCAUGCAUGGUUCAAGGAAUCGCGGUCUUCGAAGGACAAUCCGAAGCGGGACUGGUAUAUCUGGAAGCCGCCUCGGUACGCCGACGAUGGAACUCGGUUGCCCCCUACCAACUGGCGCAGCUAUUUCAGUGGCAGCGCGUGGGAGUGGGACGAGCACACCCAGGAGUAUUACCUGCACCUGUUUGCAAAAGAGAUGCCCGACUUGAACUGGGAAAGCGCCGAGACACGCCAUGCCAUCUACGAGAGCGCCAUGCGCUUCUGGCUGGACAAGGGCGUCGACGGCUUCCGCAUCGACUGCGUCAACAUGUACAGCAAGCGCGUCGGCUUCCAAGACGCGCCCAUCGUCAACGCAGACGUCUUCGAGCAGCCAGCCUGGUCCGAGUACGCCAACGGGCCGCGCAUGCACGAGUUCUUGCGCGAGAUGAACCGCGUUGUGCUUAGCAAGUACGACACACUGACCGUCGGCGAGCUCCCACACACGCCCGACCCGUGUCAUGUGCUUCGGUACGUCAGCGCCGCCGACAAGCAGCUGAGCAUGGUCUUCCAGUUUGACAUUGUCGACAUUGGUCAGGGCGCCAGCGACAAGUACCGCUUCGAGGAGUGGAAGCUGCCGCGGCUCAAGGCCACCGUCGCCAAGUGGCAGCAGUUCAUCGAGGGCACUGACGGGUGGACGACGGCAUUUUGCGAGAACCACGACCAGGGUCGCUCCGUGUCGCGCUUUGCGUCCGACGCACCGGAGCACCGCGUGCACUCGGCCAAAAUGCUGGCUCUGAUGCUGGCCGCGCUGACGGGCACCCUCUUCAUCUACCAGGGCCAGGAGAUUGGCAUGAUCAACGUGCCCACCACGUGGUCCAUUGACGAGGACUAUAAGGACAUUGAGAGCGUCAACUUUUACCACACGGCGGCCACGGUGGCGCGCGAGAAGUUUGCCGGUGAUCCGGAGACCAUCCGGCGCGAGAUCGAAUACGUCAAGCGCAGCAUUCAGAUCCUUGGCCGUGACAACGCGCGCACCCCAAUGCAGUGGGAUGCUUCGAAUAAAUCCGCCGGCUUCACUGACCAGCCUGAAAAGGCCUGGAUGCGCACGCACGACCUGUAUCCGGAGAUCAAUGUGGCCCGACAGCAGGGCGACCCAGACUCCGUGCUCAGCUUCUGGAAGAGUAUGCUGCGCUUCCGCAAGGCCCACGCCGAUCUCUUCGUCUAUGGAAACUUCCGGCUGUACGAACCUGAAAACGAAGAGACAUUCGUGUUCGCCAAGACGACGGCCACGCCGGGAGCUGGCGGGGCUGGUGCCGGUCAAGCAGCAGUCGUCGUGCUCAACUUUACAAGUGAAAAUCAGGUCGUCAACCUGCCACCCGCAGACGACAUUGGGUCCCUCCGGCUUCGGGUUGGCAACUACACCGACACUGCGACGACCGAAGUGGAGCGCAAGUCCAGCAACAAGAGCUGGCAAUUGACACUUAGACCGUGGGAGGGUCGUCUGUACAUUUCGGAAGAGGAGGCCUCGAAACCAUAA